UUUUCCGUCUCACCUGCUCUCUUUGACUGAAAUAACAUGGCUGCGUCCUGAAAACACGCGUCAACAAACACAGCACGCUCGUCGGGAGUGAUUUUUAGAGAAAUACCUCUUCUUCCAGCGGCUGAUAACGUCGGUCGGUCAUACCGGAUGGCUCUUCGUGUGAGCGAGUCCUUUCUGAGGAGAUGUCUGCGCUCUUCUGCCCGACCGUUACUACUGGAAACCGCGUCACUGCGUCCGCGAGCAGCCCUUCAUCCUGGAGCACUAAGCGGAGGUGGUUUUCUUGUCACUCCAGCCCGUUCUGUGUCCUCCAGCGCAUUUUUGGACAGGCUGCUAAAAGGAAAAAUGCCUGGUGUGGAUCAGGGACCCUGCCAGCAACCUGUGCCUCCGGAUAGAGCUGGGCAGCUUUCUCUGUUACUGAGGGCCCCAGAUCAACCAGAAAAUCCAAAGUCUCUGAGAGUGGCUGUUAUUGGGGCUCCAAAUGCAGGGAAGUCAACACUAACCAACCAGCUCCUUGGCAGGAAGUUGUUUGCAGUCUCCAAAAAAGUGCAUACAACAAGGUCACGUGCACUUGGAGUGAUCACGGAGGACGAUACCCAAAUUAUUCUGCUGGAUACGCCUGGUCUUACUACUCCCUUCAAAGUUCAAAGGCAUCAGUUGGAGAAAUCCCUUCUAGUGGAUCCACUGAAAUCAUUGCGAGAAGCUGAUUUAGUGGUGGUGUUGGUGGACAUCUCUGACAAGUGGACCCGCGAUAGGCUGGACUUUGAGGUGCUGAAGUGUCUGGCCCUGAAUCCACAUAUUCCUGCUGUCCUUGUCCUCAAUAAGGUGGACCUCCUGAAGAACAAAACCUUGCUGCUGGACAUCACAGCCAGGCUGACCGAGGGUGUUGUGAAUGGUCAGAGACUGAGAGUCCGCGAUGUGGUGAAGAAGUCGCAGAAGGAAACAGAUGAGAUGCAGAUCAAGCACAAAGCAGCCCUGGAGGCCCAAGCUGGAGGGGAGCCAUGCCCAACCCCAGACACUCAAGCCCAGAGAGGCCUGAGCAGAGAGCAGCUGAGAACCCUGAAGAGCCGCAAAGGAUGGCCCCACUUCAAGGAUGUGUUCAUGCUGUGUGCUGCAGAUGGGGAGGACGUGGAGACACUGAAGAGAUAUCUGAUGGUGGCUGCAAAGCCAGGCCCAUGGCAUUACCACAGUGACGUACUGACAGAUCAGAGCCCAGAGGACGUCUGCGUCAAUGCAGUCCGAGAGAAGCUUCUGGAAUACCUUCCUCAGGAGGUGCCUUACACCAUGUCUCAGCACAUUGAGCUCUGGAGAGAGACCGAGGAUGGCAAGUUGGACAUAUCUGUCAAAUUACACGUGAAGAAGAACAGCCAUAUGACCAUGGUGAUUGGUCCUGGAGGUCAGGUAAUGGCCAAGAUAGCCCGAGAGGCAGGCGAAGACCUCACGAAUGCUUUCAUGCGCGAGGUGCGUCUGAAAAUAUCUGCCACUCUGAAGAACUGAAGGGGACGGUUCAGCUGACCCAAGGAUCUGGAACAGGACAUUUUCUAAAGGAUGACUUCAGAUGUCGUUACUCAACCAGCUCCCUCAUCCUGUUUAUAGGACCUCAGCGUAUAUAUAUAUAUAUAUAUAUUCAUUCCCUCAUCCAGAGUGGAGUGAGUAAAUCAUUGUUGAAUCUCUCUCCCUCUCAGGAAGGAAGAGGUCUACUCAAGGCUGCGGUUUGUCUUGCGAGUUGCAUGCGAACUGUCUGCCUGUUAUCUCAAACACUGUUCAUUGUGUAACAGUUCAGCCUCUGAGUUAGAGGUUCCUCUCUGAACUCAAACUGCUAUUUUCUUUAGUGUCUUGUUGCUUUUCUAGCAGUUAUAUACAACUGCUUCAUUUUGAUAACAUUAUUCAGGGCUGCAUCAUGACCACGUUAGUCCCCAUGAAAAAAAGCUCAGGUUUUUUGGGGUAGAUUGACAGUAGUGGUUACAGUUGUAGGCCUUGCUGUACCCAAACUUUGUUUUUUUGGAUUAGAAACUGGGCAACUGUGUAUAGUAGUGUGCAAAAGUCAGAGACCACCCUUAAUUAAUUUAAUUUCCAGUCCAAAUGGCCAUUAAGCACAAGUUAUUCAUUUUUCAGCAUGGAAGGAAGUCUUCGCAGAGUGGAAGGAUGGACAGAAACA